CUAUGAGUAGAUUUUUGUGUGAUUUUUGAAAAAGUAAAUCUGAUAUAGAGAAGAGGGGGAGGAAAGAAAAUGUAGAGGCAGAUUGGUUUAAAAGCUUCUCUUUCUUACUCACACCUUCAAUAAUUUCUUAAAAACUACAAUUAUUAGGAUGCUCUUAUCAACUUUCUUAUUGGAUUGGUUUAAAAGCCAAAAAGGCUGAGUGUACAUUACAAAUGGCUGUACAGGCGGACUUUACCUCAUUGCCAAUCACCAGUGGCCAUGUGCCCAUGCACGCUCGGUCUUUUCGCCAGGCUAGUAGACGCCAUGAGUUAUUCGUCGAAAGCAAAAUGGAGAGCCGUCGUGUGAAAGUGGCGCGCCACCUGGAGCCAUGGCGGGACCUUACCGGAAAGGUUGUGAUGGUCACCGGAGCCUCGUCGGGGCUGGGCCGAGAAUUCAGCCUCGACUUGGCCAAAGCCGGCUGCAGAGUCAUCGCCGCGGCGCGCCGAGUGGACCGCCUCAAAUCUCUCUGCGACGAGAUCAAUGGAGUCGGUUCCGGCGAUUCCAGCACCGUUCCGCCGCCCCGAGCCGUGGCUGUUGUGCUCGAUAUCAGCGCCGGCGGUUCCGCCGUCGAGGCCGCCGUUCAGAAGGCCUGGGCCGCCUUCGGACGUAUCGACGCAUUGAUUAACAAUGCCGGUAUUAGAGGUAGCAGGCAGAGUCCAUUGGAUCUGACAGAGGAAGAAUGGAAUGAGACCAUAAGAACAAACCUAACUGGAACAUGGUUGGUCACAAAAUAUGUGUGUUUGCUGAUGCGCAAUGCUAGGCUGGGAGGAUCUGUCAUCAACAUCUCCUCCAUUAAUGGGCUUAAUCGUGUGCAGUUCAUGGGGGCUCUUGCUUAUUCUUCUUCAAAGAGUGCUCUCAACACAUUCACAAAGGCGAUGGCGCUUGAACUGGGAGCUUAUGGGAUAAGAGUGAACUCCAUUUCUCCUGGGAUUUUCAAGUCCGAGAUCACCAUGAAUCUGUUGCAGAAACAUUGGAUCAAAAAGGUUGCUAAUAAGAUUCUGCCUUUAAGAACACUUGGCUCAACAGAUCCAGCACUCACAUCACUUAUACGUUACUUAAUCCACGACUCCUCCGAAUAUAUAUCCGGAAAUAUUUAUGUCGUUGAUGCUGGAACUACUUUGCCUGGUGUUCCCAUUUUCUCUUCUCUCUAAAACAAAUCCGCCAACUCAUCUUUUACCAACGUAACACUCUCGAUACAACUCUCCAUGAAUGAGAGGGAUCUUAUUCAAACUUGGUUGAAUUAGUCUAAUCUUGUUGAGAAUACUAGUGUUUGUGAUGCACAGAAAAUUAUGUUAUCAUGAAAUUAAAUAUGAUAUUCGGGUUGUAAUUAUAAAAAAUCUAUUAGAUAAUUACACUUAUAGUUUUGAGUAUAAAAGGUUGAAUAAUGAAU